CUUCUCUUUCUUCUCUGUCUCGGGCACGGGAGAGAUGUCAGUUUAACGCCGACGAGAGAAAAGUCCAGUUAUAUACGUCGCGACUGCACCCGAUUGUCUCAAUCUAGCGCUUAAUUAAUUCGCUCGAUAAUUAAAAAAAAACUAUUAUUUUGAUGACUAUCACUUUGAUAUCGGACAGAGGGAUGCCACGUAGCAAGCGCAGAGGACCUUCUAGCACAAAUCAUACUCCUAUUGAUAUGUCAGUAUCUGGUGCACAUGAAGACAGUUUACCUAGGCAUCCUUCGAAACGAUUAAGACAUACCUCUAGUGCCAGAAGAUAUGCAAAAACUGACGAUGUAUCCAAUGUGUCGACAUUUUCUCAGAAGCGUUGCAUGACUUGGUUUAGAGAGUAUACCUCGCCAGACGAUCCGGAUACUCUUGGACCAGAAGGAAUGGAGAAAUUUUGUGAGGAUAUCGGUGUAGAACCCGAAAAUGUAGUAAUGCUCGUUCUCGCAUACAGAAUGAACGCUCGCCAAAUGGGCUUUUUUACCCUGAGCGAAUGGCUGAAGGGUUUCUCGGAACUUCAGUGCGAUUCUAUUAGUAAAGUACAACAAAAGCUCGAGUACCUAAGGAAUCAAUUAAACGAUCCACACACGUUUAAAGGGAUUUAUAGAUAUGCUUACGACUUUGCCCGAGACAAAGAUCAACGAAGUAUGGACAUGGAUACUGCAAAAGUAAUGCUACAACUACUUUUGGGGAAACAUUGGCCACUGUUUACACAGUUUGCUCAGUUCCUAGAUCAAUCCAAGUACAAAGUGAUCAAUAAGGAUCAGUGGUGCAACAUAUUAGAAUUUUCACGUACAAUCAAUCAUGAUUUAUCUAAUUAUGAUUUAGACGGAGCGUGGCCAGUAAUGCUCGACGAAUUUGUUGAGUGGUUAAAAAUUCAACGAGGCGAAGCAUCGUCAUCGAUAGAAGCAAGAGGCAGCUGAAAGAUCUUGUAAGAAUAGUCCAUUGAAAUAAGAACAAUUUGUUUUUUUAUUAUAUUUUGUUAAUAACUAAAUUUCCGUUCAUAAAUCGUAAUCUCGCAACAUUUCAGUUAUCGUUAUUCGUUUUUUUUUUUUUUUUUUAUUUUAUUUUAUUUUUUUUUUUUUUUAAUUAAGAGGUAAUGCAUUGUAAGUAGCUUAAUAUGAUUUUCAGUAUCUUAUACGGGAUAUCUCCAGUAUCUAUACUGAAUGCGGCUGAAAAUUCUCGUUUAAUAUCGCUCUCAGUUAUUUAUCAUCAUUUACAAAUUAAUCCUCCAGGAUUUGUCGCAGAAAAACUUGUGAUUAAAAAUAAAACUAUUUUGAUAAGAAAGAGAGAGAGAGAGAAAGAGAUUUACUUGUGCAAUUUGUAAAAAUAAUUUGAGAUAUAUUAUUCAAGGAUAAGUAAGUUGGGAUAUGACUUUUUGAAAUUGUGUAAUAUUUAAGACAAUGAUUGCCAUUUGACUUCCAGUGAUUGUAGGCUGCGUAUUUUAUGUCGAUGCAGAUUAUACGAUCUUUUUACAUUAUUUUCUCAAUAACGUUAGGUAUAUCAUUUAAAUAAAUCAAUAAAAGUCAUACUUUCAUUACAUGACUUUAACAUUCCGCGUCAUUAAAUUAAUAUCGAAAAAUAUAUCUUUAUAGUUAUAAACUCACAAUUUUUUAAAUUGUAUUAAUUUAUUUUCAAUUUUUUUAUGUAUCUACGUUGCAAAUCUUAUUUAAUACUGACAUUUUCUACAAAAUUUAGGUAUGUAUAAUAUUGUCAAUCUGAAACAUUUAAGAAAUACGCGAAUAUCACUAAGUAGAAAUCAUUGGUGAAAGAAAUAAGACGUACACAUUAUGCAGGUGCUGUUACAACGUUUAGUAUUCCUAAAAAUGGUACCACAAAGUGUCAAUAUCAUGCGCUAUUUAGUCAAAAUUAAGUAUAAUUCCUGUAAAUGCUAAAAUUAUGGAUGUACAUUAGACUAACGAAUUCUUAUUAAAACAAUAAUAUUUAUUAAAUGCAACAAUGCAAUUUCUCGAUCUUUACCGAUAUCAUGCGAUUUAUGCUUUAUUAAGGAGGAAGGAAAAUUUAUUAACAAGAAAAACUUAUUUUGUAAUUAUUCACUUACAAAAGUGUCCCUGUUAAUACGCGUCUAGAUAUAAAAAUAACAUUGUUUUAUCCAGUAGAAUUAACAAUGUAUGUAUCUAAAUCGACUAUUAUCUUGUUCAAUUUCUGCGAUCAUCUCAUAUCUCAAAUUUUCAAGACUUUGGGUCACACACAUUGCUAAGAAUUUUUGAAGGAAAUUUUGAAUAUGUGUGUGCUGUAUAAAAUAUAUUAGUUUAAUAAAAUGCGCUACGCAACUCUCGUUUGCAUAAUGAAUUUAUGAAACUAAUAAAUUUAAAUUUAUACAUGUCCACAGAUAAAGUCACCUGUAAAUUAGUUUAAUGAAAUGAAAGGAGAUGCAAAUAGCAAUUGACAAUAUUGAUCAUUGAUUUUAAUUUCAUUUUCAAUGCCAAUUCGGGAAUAUCUGUGUAUUUCUGAAUAUUUGAAUAUUUUUUCCGUAUAUAUACCUCUAUUAUAAACGAUUGCGCAAUUAGUAUCAUAUUAACAACGCAUAUAACUUUUGCAUUUCUCUCAUAGCCUCUAAAUACAAUAAAUACAAAAUUUUUGAAAAAAGAUAUUCAUUGAAUAUUUGUAGAUUUACAUGUUGCAAGUAAGUUAAAAAUGUGAAUUAUAAUUCGUUCCAGUCUGUUGCAAUAUUACUGCCAUCACUGGAGAAUGUAAUGUAUUGGAUGAUAUAAUGAGGAGUGAAUAAAAUACCUUUUCCAAUA